AUGCCUAGUGAUGAUGAACAACUAUACGUUCAAGAUCUCCUAGGUGAACAAACCCGUCAGAUGCAAUCAGAAGAACCCGGAGAACCAUCACCAAACCGACUAAAAAAACUGUGUCAAACUGAAGCCAAAAAAAAAUUAUUUCUCAAAAUUGAUCUUCAAAAAAUCGAAAUUUUCGCCAAUGAUGGUUGUACUCAUAACUAUACAAAUGGCUCUAGAAAAGAUUCUAUGUCGUUUUUGGUCAAAUAUCAGAGGAAUGAAGUGUCACUGUGUUUGUUCGGAUAUAAGCAUGAAGUCGUGAUUCCAUGGCCAGAGUUAAAGGGAUUUAGAUUAAAUGCAACUUCUCGUGUUUUAACAAUUAAAUUAGAUCAUGGGUUUUUAAGAUUGUAUUAUUUUCAUAAAGACGGGUUUCCAUAUAUGCUACCGCCAGUGACAAUAAACAGUGACCCUACUAAUGGAAUAUUAUCCAACGCUAUUGGGUUUUGUCUCUAUCCUAAACCUUGGGAGCAUUCAAAUACAUUGAUGGUAGCAGAAGCUGGUAUAAAUAGGUUAUGUUUUGUUGAUAUGAACAAGGAGAAUGAAUUACUAAUUGUGAAUAAAAAGGAACAAGAUGAACCUAAUAUUUCCUAUGACAAGAUUUCUAUCCAGUGUGUUUUUGAAUCCAAACUAUGUAACUUAACAUUACCUAUAAGUGGCACAUUCGCCGAUUUCUUGACUUUGGUAAAUCAACAAUUCGGGGUUUCACCAGAAUGGAUUGAAUAUUGUGACCGAAGGAGCAAUGAGAAGAUUAGUAUUGCGAAUGAAGAGGAUUGGAAGAUUGCAAAAAAUGGUUAUAUUAAGAUGAGGAUGAGAGUGGGAAACGAAGAAAAUGAGAUAUUCAAAAUUUUUUUGACAAACUAG